GCCGGGCCAGCGGCCGCCGCUGCUCUCCGGCCGCUCCCUCUCCCUCUCUCCAUCUCUCUCCUGGCCCAAAAGCCACGCCGCAUCCCGGCUUUGCAGCCCGGCGCCGGGGGCAGCGCCACAUCCCCGCCGGCCGGAGCUGCCGGAGGGACGCUGUGCCUGGGGGCGCUCCCUGCUCCGGCAUCCGCCCCGUCACUGCCUCCCCUUCAGGUGAACACGCCCAGCGCCGAGGGAGGCAUGGUGUUCUCCAGCCCCGUGCCCAGAGCUCAGGGACCACCGAGCUCCAGCGAGGAGGAGCGGCGCGGUGGCGAGCCCGACCUGCUGUGGCUGGCCGACCUCACGGGCGCCCACAUCGGCUUGGCCCCGAUCUCCCAGGACCCCGAGGAUCGCUGCAGCAUCUGGGAGAAUCUGGUGAGCCUGGUGGACUUCCAGUGCCCAGGCCUUCCCCUGACCGCCGAGGAGCUCUGCCACUACAUCGACAUCCCGCGCUCGCCCGCGUCCUCCUCGGCGGCGGCCGCGACCCCGGCCCGGGCCCUGCCCCGGCCCCCCGCGCUCCCGGGGGACACCGACUACGGGAGCAACGCGCACGUCAAGCCGCCCUACUCCUACGCCACCCUGAUCUGCAUGGCCCUGGAAGCCAGCGAGCAGCCCAAACUCACCCUGGCAGCAAUCUGCAAGUGGAUCAGCGACAACUUCUGCUACUACCGCCGUGCCCAUCGCAGCUGGCAGAGCUCCAUCCGGCACAACCUGUGCAUCAACAAGUGCUUCGUCAAGGUGCCCCGCAAGAAGGGGGAGCCGGGCAGAGGCGCCUUCUGGAAGCUUCACCCCCAGCACGCCGAGUGGCUCAAGAGCAGCACCCUCCAAGGGCACGGGGCCGUCGCGGAGCCCGUCCCGGCAGCCGCCAGGAGAGCCCGGGCGGGAGCACGGCGCGCCCGCAGCCCCGGCGCCGUGCCCGGCAGCUCCCGGGGCGGCCUCGAGCUGGGCGCGGAGCUGCAGCGGCUGCUGCGAGAGUUUGAGGAGUUCGAAAGCAGCCACAAGUGGAGCCCCGCGGAGAACGGAGCGGGCCAGCAGUGCGAGCAGCGCUGGCCCGCGGCCCCGGCCGAGCCCUCUUGGCUUCCCAGCUGUGCCUCGGGGAGCCAGGAGGGGCCGGGCGAGCUGACCGAGCUGAAGGGCAGCACCGAGUGGGAAGCUCUGCUCGACGCCCCCGCCGAGCAGGGAGACUUCUCUGCUCCCGGGCAGCUCCCACCUCCCGCCCAGCCCGGAACCUUCCCCCUGCACCCCACAAGGGCGCGGGGGCAGCACCUGGGCUGGCCCCAAGUCCUCCCCGAGCCCAGCCCCGCCAGGCCGGGCUUGGAUGAGACCCUGAUGGCCACGGCUUUCCUGGAGGCCGCGUGGCACGAGAUGAGCGGGAACCUCUCCAGCUGCAUCCCCGCGGAGCAGGGGGCUGGAAACAUCCCGGCCUCUUUGCCCAGCGGGGAUGUCCUGGGCUGGGACUCUCUGGCCCACCUAAGACUCUUAGAGAUGGGAGAUAAGAGAUUCGAUUAGAUUCGAUUCGAUUCGAUGGAUUUAGGAAGGGCUUUAGGGGUGGCCGUAGAUGGUUUUAUGGGUGAGGUUUCUUUUUGCUGCUUUCUGUUCUAUUUUUUUGCUUGGGGAAUGAUGCUGAAGAUACUUGGACACUUAAUUUUAUUUUUUUUUUCCCAUUUUAUUGGCAGUUUUUAAGAGAUAGAAUAAAGAAAACAAAGCAGAGAAGAACUCCUGUUUCACCUUCUGG